AUGAUAACAAAUAUUCACCAGUUAUUUCAAAAAUUUGAUAAAAACAAUGGACGACUCAUCGCUAAAACUGAUAUUCGUAAACUAAUUUUGACAUUAAAACAAGAAGAAACAGAGAAGCUUAAAAACACUGAAUUAUUUAAUGAUUGUCUAGAAAAUUGUUGUUGGUCAAUAUCAAGUAGACCAACAUCUUAUUCUAGUGUUUUAUCACGUAUUAGCCAAAUCGAUAUGAAACUCAUUGCUGAUUUACAUUACGGUACAUUACCGAUACCUGAUUUUGUUCAACUACCAGAAUUUACUUUAGAUAUACUCCCGUGCAUGAGAAAUGGUACUGUUUUAUUUGUUGAUUCGACUAGUGUCGCUCAUUUUCUACGCGAUAUUCAUCCACAAAUUCAAGUUGAUUAUAUUUUAAUGACUGGUGAUUCAGAUUUAUCCAUGCCUCACUAUAGCAUCUCAACUACUUUGACACAUGAUAUUUUUCAUGGAAAGACUCACAUUCGUCACUGGUUUGCCAUGAACUGCAACAAGAAUGAGUGGUCAAAAUAUUUCUCGUGUAUUCCCCAAGGUAUUAGUCAAUGGGCAAAUCAACGUUAUUACGUGCAAAUGGCUAGUGGAAAAAAUGAUAGUUUUUUCAAUACGUAUUUGAAAUUAAAUGAUUAUUGGCUUCUCACGUCGUUUAAUGUCGCAAUGAAUCCACAGAUAAGACAGUCUGUCUGGAACUUGACCUGUUAUGGACGAUUAAAAUCUAUUUCAAAAUGCCAUUUUGAGAAGGAUAUGAAUUUGUGGUCACUUUAUGUGCAUAUUGCACGAAGUAAAUUUGUUAUAUCACCACCGGGUAAAGGAUUAGAUUGUCAUCGGACGUGGGAAACACUUUAUUUAGGAUCAAUCCCAAUUGUUUUAUCAACAACAAUUGAUUCACUGUUUCAACGACUACCCGUUGUUAUCGUAAAGAACUAUGAGCAAAUUACGCUAGAAUUUCUUCAAAAGACAUAUGAAAAUAUGUUCAAGCAGAAAUUUGAUUAUAGCCGACUGUAUAAACAAUAUUGGCAGCAAAGAAUUGAUAAUUAUAGAUCAGGAAAUAUGAAAAAUUUGCAAAUAAAAUAUCAUUUAAAGGCGAAAGUGACUACUUGGAUAUAA